UGAUAUGUAUAUAAAAGAAGAAAAUUAAUAAAAUUGAUUAAACCAUGAGUAGACAAGAAUUAAAAUCAAAAGCAUUCAAGCGUGCUGAAAACAAUUUGCAAAAUAAAUUGAGCAAUGCAUUUUUAAAGAGCUAUUCACAUCAUCUAAUGCCGGGCUAUAACUUGAAUAAGACAUAUAUUGAGGAAUGGGAUGAGGAGAAUAUAAUGGGACUCUUUCAAGAAUUUCCGUACAAUUGUGACUUACCAAAGCCAUUAUUACCACCAGCAAAAUUACCAAGAACAGUGCUUGGCGAAGAAGAUCCAGCCUUACAACUUGUUACUCUCAAAAGCCACUUGAAGGAUGAUAUAAACAGAAUAGUGAAAUAUUAUCAAAGACACAGUCAAGAGUUUGAAAAAAUACAGAGGAAAAAGAUGAGGUGGAAUGGAGGAAGCAAUGGAUAUAAUGCAAAAAUACCAAAAUAUGUUGCAGAUAUAGCGGAAUUAAUUGAAAUGGAUCCUGAUCCUUAUUUUGAUGAGACUUACAACUGGUACUAUACUGGCGGAUCAUUGAAUUAUAUUCAGUUGAGUGGUUGGGAUGUCUUGUUGUUCCCAUUUAUGGGAGAUUUAGUUGCUGCAAAUAUCACAUCCAUGGAAGAUUCUAUAUGGAAGCCAUUAUUGCAAAAUUCAGCUAAAUACAAACUACAUGGAAUACUGUACGAAAUUAGACAAAAUAGUAUUAAUAAUACAUGUAGAAUUUUAGGAAGACAUAAAAAUCAAUGCACUCUUUAUACGCUUUCCAAUGCUAAAAAUCGAUUAAAGCUUCACGAAAUUCAUAAACAGGCAUCAAAGAUACCAUAUGUCAGUGCUGAUUUAAGUGUAAAUGAUGUCAAUUAUCAUUGUACACUAAAUGCGGAAAAAAUACUGUCUUUAUGGGAUAUAACCAGGACGAAUUACAUUAGCAGUAGUUCUGUAUCGCAAGACAAGACUCACGAUGCUUGGGGAAGUGUAAGAUUCCAGCAGGGAGAUUCAAACGUAUUGAUUUAUAUGGAUCGAUGUUGUUUACAUUAUCUUGAUACCAGAGCUCCUUUUGAUCGCCCGUGUCUCACCCUGUGUCCGAAAUCACAUUUAGAAAAUUGUGAGAAUCUCUCGGUGAAUGCAGCGAGUAGAAAUAGCACCUGUCGAUACGUGGGUACAUGUCAUUCUCUGUUAAUGUGCGAUAAUCGUUCUCCAAAACAAUGCGUACAGCAAAAAUGGACGCAUCAAUUUAAGAGUACUCCGUUAUUGAUGGCUGUAACGAACAGCAAUGACGAGGAAAUCGUUGUCUUGUCAAGUCAGACAGCUGGUGAAAAUGCAAUAAUUCUUAAUACUUGGAAAAUGGAGGAGUCUCAUUCUUUUAACUUGCCUUUUAGACCCUCAUACAUCGCGGAAACAUUAAAUGAAGCUCAAAUGGGAGGAAUGUGUUUGGAUCCAUACUUACGAAGCAGAUUUGAAUUGUGCAAUGUUGGUAGUACGCUAGUCACAAGCACAAAAGGAGAAGUGUCCUACUUCGUUCAAAAUUCGAUCGGUGAUAUAUUUUAUCAGUGUAUAACACACGAAACUGUAUUGGAUAAAUAUUCACCAGUAAAUAACAAGGCGUGUUACGCAUUGAGUAUCUGGGAGAAGGCUUUGCAAGCGCAAGGUGAGCCGUUGGUGCCCUUAACACUUACCGAUAAGUGUAAUAUGCAAUAUAUAUACGAAAAUUUUACGAAUAGAAAGCUUCGUUUGAAGACUAGCGAAGAAAUCGUGGACGAUCCUUUCGAGCCAACCUGGAAAAAAUCGCUAUCAAUGCUGGGAUCGUACAUCGACAUAUUAGCACCGGAACUUCUUGCGGUUUGGGAAAUACGCGAGGAAGUGCCGGUACCUGCAUCCGCGGCGCCCCAUCAGAAAGUAUUGAAUUGGUUGGAAUCGUCAACUUCGCAAUAUGCCACGCAAUCACAGAAUGAGCCUGAAUGUGUUAUACCUACACCUUUCAAUACUCAGGAAUUAUACAGUGUAUCUCAACAGCAGGAUAUUGCAUGUAUCGAUGAUAGCAAUGUGCUGCAAGAAAUCUUGUUGCCGAAAGUUGUAUCGAGAUCUAGUACAUGUAAAAAGAACAUGUAAAUAGUUUGUUUAAUUCUAGAUUAAUAAAAAGAAUUAUUAUGAGAA